CUUCCUGCCAGCUGCACUUGCCAGGGCCAUCUGGGCAUCCUUGUGUCUGGCACAGCCAGGUGUCCCACCCUGGGUGCCAGGUGUCCCACCCUGGGUGCCAGGCUGUCCAGCUGUGCCAUUGCCCCAAGCACUCUGCUCCCCUGGUGCUGUGGCCUCGAGGCACCUCAUCCUCUGGGCACCCCACAUGGUGGCAUUGGGCGCUCUGGACACUGUGCACCCCCAGGGACACGUUCUGUGGCUGCUGCACUUCCCAACAGCUCGCUGAGCACCUGGGCUAUGGGUGCUUCACUCACCCAUUCCCUGCAUGGGUGCUCCUUUCCCUGGGCACCCUGUUCUCCAGGCACCCCACGGCAGGGGUACCCCAUUCCCUGAGUUCUGGACUCCCUGGGCACCCCAAGCAGCCCCGGCAGUGCCAUCCCCACCCUGCUCUGUCCCCCGCAGUGACACGUUGAACAUCGUGGCCUCGGACCACCGGCCCUUCAGCACCAAGCAGAAGGCCAUGGGCAAGGAGGACUUCACCAAGAUCCCCCACGGUGUCAGCGGGGUGCAGGACCGCAUGAACAUCAUCUGGGAGCGUGGUGUGGUGGGGGGUAAGAUGGAUGAGAACCGCUUUGUGGCUGUGACCAGCUCCAACGCUGCCAAGAUCCACAACCUGUACCCCCGCAAGGGCCGGAUCAUCCCCGGGGCCGACGCUGACGUCGUGGUCUGGGACCCCGAGGCCACCAAGACCAUCUCUGCCAGCACCCAGGUGCAGGGCGGGGACAUCAACCUGUACGAGAACAUGCGGUGCCACGGGGUGCCCCUGGUCACCAUCAGCCGUGGGC